UCCUCGUCGUUUGUCUGCAGCUCCAAAUGCACACACUCUGAAAGAAGCUGCAGUGUGUCCCCCACAGUGUACUGGAGUGUGUGUGUCAAAGUGUGUUGGAGAUACAAAGUGGACGGCAGCUGAAUAUUAAGUUGUUGUGUGACGGAGGAUCAGCGAGGAGGAAGCUGCCAGCUCGAGUCUCAGAGCGAGUUUCCACUCUGCUGCUGUUCUCUCACACGCUCGCGUGCAGCAGGUACAGACUUCCUGACAUCUCUGAUUUGUGGGGGCUGCUGGAUGUUUUCGUUGGCUCGCAGUUAUUUUUGAGACAUCUGCUCUGCUGCAUGUCAGAAGGCCCUCAUCUGACGACAACAUGGCGGCAUCCAGAACCGCGGCCGCCCUGCUGCUCCUGAGCUGCUGCAUCCUCCUCGUUCUCAUCGGCCCGCCCUGCGCAUGUCAAGAGAGCGACUGCAGCUGUAACAUCACCAACAGCCGCUGUGACGAGUUUGGAGUUUGCAGGUGUGACCCUGGCUGGGACGGCGACCUAUGCGACCACUGCGUGCCGAUGCCUGGCUGCGUGCACGGUUCCUGUGAGCAGCCAUGGCAGUGCACCUGUGAUCCAGGGUGGGGAGGGCGCUUCUGUGAUAAAGACCUGAACGUGUGCUUGCAGCAGCAGCCGUGUCAGAACGGAGCUACCUGUGUGAUGCAGGACAGCGGCGACUUCACCUGUCUGUGUCCCAAAGGUUUCCACGGCCCCAGCUGCCAGCAGAGAACCGGACCGUGUCACCAGAGGAGGUCUCCAUGUAAAAAUGGCGGUCUCUGCGAGGACGCCGAUGGUUUCGCGGUAGAGGUGACGUGUCGCUGCCUGGCAGGCUUCACAGGACUGCGCUGUGAGACCAACAUCGAUGACUGUCUCAUGAAGCCGUGUGCCAACAGCGCCACAUGCAUAGAUGGCAUCAACCGUUUCUCGUGCGUCUGCCCCGCAGGGUUUAGCGGACGCUUCUGCACUGUCAAUCUGGACGAUUGCGACAGCCAGCCCUGUCUGAAUGGGGGACGCUGCCUCGACCGAGCUGGCGGCUUCCGCUGCAUCUGCCGGCCUGGUUUCACAGGAGCCACCUGCGAGGCACCGCCGCCGAGCAGCAACACCCGCAAACCCGGCUGGACGACGGUAGGGUGGGAGGGAGGAGGUGGAGGACAGAGUCAGAGGAUAACCACCAGCAGCGGUGGCAGGAACACCAGUCACAGUGACAACCUGCUGAAGGUGACGGUGAGCGAGCGCAGUGGUGCCGGCCUGUCCGAGGUGCAGCUCAUCAUCAUACUGGUGCUGGCAGGGGUGACGCUUACCGUGGUGGUCCUGACCACCACCCUUGUUCUGCAGGGUCACCACAGGAACUGUGGCCACACUCCCUGCUGGUCCUCUGUGAGUUUAUUAUCAUCAUCAUCAUCAUCACAGAGAGGACAGAAAAGCCACCAGCGAGCACAGCGGGUCGAGGAGGAAGGACAGAUUAGCUUUCUGAGCGCAGCAGAACCAGAGAAGAAGAAACUCAACACAGAGGUCACGCUCCACGUGCCUCAGGGUCAGGCCUAAACUCCCAGCAUGCAUCUGAACCAUGACAUCAUCAGUGGUGUCACGUGACCAGACUGAAUGGCUAAUUUAAACCCCGCCUGCAUUCACCAGAGUGCAGUCAGCUCUGAGGGGGUGGAAGCUGUUAUUUUGAAAAGGUCAUUAUAAACUGAAGCUUUAUUUUAUAAAUCAAUAAUUUAACAAUAAAUUUCUUAUAAUCACCUGGAAAAUAAAAUCAUAUUAUCUGUGUGUAGAUUGAAUUUGAAAUGAUUGAAACUGACAUCGGUCCACACUCAGCAACACAAAAUAAAACAUUUAAAAAUGUUUCAAACUGUGCUGCUCAGCUCUGCCUCUUUCUUCCCAGAGCAGCUCUCUAUGAUUCCCAGUUCAGCAUGAGCCUCCUCUGUCUGAUCCUGAGACUCACUGCAGCCCCGCAGCACAUCCUCAGUCUGAAACAAGCUGUUUUAGCUCCUCCCCCUUUAAGACAGCUGUCUCCUGAUUUGUCAGCUUCUAGAAGCCUGCCAAGGGGCAGCAGUGUAAAAUAUUUAAUGUGUUUUCUACGGAGGACCAAAACUGCCAAAUUACCCGCCAAACAUAAAUGACAGAAUAAAUAAAAAUUUGGUCCUCCUCGGUGUUUGCACAUAGCCGUGGGUUACUGAGUGAAGACUGAUGGGAAAUGACCACAGUUUGAUCUUUUAAAUGAAGUCUACUCACAUUAAAGUGAAGUAUGAAUAUGUUAUGACUUUAUAUGUAUAUAAAAGUGUUUAUUUAUUGUAUUGUGUAUAUGUAUGUGUGCUCAGCACAGCUGUCAAACCUCACCAUGUUAGAGGAAACAGACCGAAGGUGCUGAUGUUCUUCACACAGACAUUAAACGUGU